GGAAUGUCUAGGAGCCAGGGACCCAUACUGUGGCUGGGAUAACAAACAGAAACGAUGCACCACCAUUGAGGACAGCUCCAACAUGAGCCUAUGGACUCAGAAUAUUACUGAGUGCCCGGUGAAAAACCUGACAACAAAUGGGAGAUUGGGGCCCUGGUCCCCGUGGCAACCAUGUGAGCAUUCGGAUGGGGACAGCACAGGCUCUUGUAUGUGCAGGUCACGGUCCUGUGACAGCCCUCGCCCUCGCUGCGGGGGUCGCAGCUGCGAAGGGGCCAGGAUUGAGAUUGCAAAUUGCUCAAGAAAUGGAGCUUGGACACCCUGGUCCGCCUGGGCCCAGUGCAGCACCUCCUGUGGGAUUGGCUUUCAGGUCCGUCAGAGAUCGUGCAGCAACCCUGCUCCGCGGUAUGGGGGCAGGGUCUGUGUUGGACAGAGCAGAGAAGAGCGAUUCUGCAACGAGAACAGUCCAUGCCCAUUACCAAUAUUUUGGUCUUCGUGGGGCCCCUGGAGUAAAUGUAGUGCGAAUUGUGGUGGAGGGAUACAUUCCAGGCAGAGGGCCUGUGAGAAUGGCAACACCUGCCCAGGCUGCACUGUGGAAUACAAGACCUGCAAUCCAGAGGGCUGCCCAGAGGUGCGCAGAAACACGCCCUGGACCCCCUGGAUGCCUGUGAACCUCACCCAGAAUGGAGCCCGCCAAGAGCAGCGCUUCCGCUACACCUGCCGUGCCCAGCUGGCUGAUCCUCAUGAGCUGCAGUUUGGGAGGAAGAAGACGGAGAGUCGGUUCUGCCCCAAUGACGGCUCGGCGGUUUGUGAUACUGACUCUCUAGUUGACGAUCUUCUAAAGACUGGUAAGACCUCUGCACGGAUUAUCAAUGGGGGCUGGUCCUUUUGGGGGGCCUGGUCAUCGUGUUCCAGGGACUGUGAAUUGGGAUUUCGGAUCCGGAAGAGAACAUGCACAAACCCAGAGCCAAAAAAUGGCGGCCUGCCCUGUGUGGGGUCAGCGAUGGAAUACCAAGAUUGUAACCCACAUCCCUGCCCAGUAAAAGGUUCGUGGUCUUGCUGGACCCCUUGGUCUCAGUGUUCAGCAACCUGUGGAGGAGGACAUUACCAGCGUACCCGCACCUGUACCAACCCAGCGCCGUCCAGCGGAGAGGAUAUCUGCAUUGGCCUGCACACCGAGGAGGCGCUCUGCAACACACACUCCUGCAAAGGUGGGUGGUCGGACUGGUCAGAGUGGAGCCUGUGCAACGAAGACGGGAUCCAGUAUCGCAGCCGUUACUGCGAGAUGCACAAUCCAGAGUCAUCCCAGUGCGUCGGAAACAGCACGCAGUACCAGGACUGCCUGUACAAUGAGAUUCCCGUGAUUCUGCCGGCCUCAAGCAUUGAUGAGAACAUGAACUGUGGAGGGUUUAGUCUCAUCCAUCUGAUUGCCACCGGCAUCUCCUGCUUCUUCGGUUCCAGUCUCUUAACGUUUGUGAUCUAUGUGUACUGUCAGCGCUGUCACCGACAGUCCCAGGAAUCGACUAUUAUUCACCCAACCACUCCCAACCAUCUCCAUUACAAAGGCAACACAACCCCCAAGAAUGAAAAGUACACGCCCAUGGAAUUCAAGACGCUUAACAAGAACAACUUAAUACCUGAUGAGAGGACCAACUUCUACCCCUUGCAGCAAACCAACGUGUACACUACAACCUAUUAUCCCAGUACACUGAAUAAAUAUGACUACAGGCCUGAGGCCUCCCCUGGAAGGACCUUUACCAACAGCUGAUGAUGGACAGACUGUCCAAGGACUGGAUCACUUCCUAUAUGAAUUGUUUUUUAAACUGAGUUUAUGGACCAAAUAUUGGCCCAGUCUCCAGAUGUAAAUAUUGUACAACUAGGGCCUUUUUUUUUUUUUUUUUUUUUUUUUUUUUUAACUGUAUUACUUUUAAACAGCACAUCUCCUUAAGUUGACAAAAUGCUUAUGGACCAUGGACCAUUCUGCAUAGACUUUUGUGGAUAUUUGGCUGGAGAUGACACUUAACUGCUGCAAAUAUUCACAGCUGGAUGAUCAGUAUUUCUGUCUCAGGCUUGAACUGCCGAGGAGCUGAUUGCAUGCUGUGCUAGGUUUCCACCAUGCUACACUAUUGUCUUCUCAGACACAUUACAGAUAGCUCCUUAGAGCAAUGGAUGAUUGUACAGUGACUAGACAAUGGCGGUACAUUGAAUGACACUUCGUUCACAAGAUGAGCUGCCUGGGACUCCAUCACGGUAGGAGCAAGAACACAGUUUUAGGUUUAUAGUGGUGUCUCCAGCUUCACCCGAAGAUUCCUUUCACAUUGCAGGAAAUAGUCUCCACAGUUGUCUUUGGUAACAUCCAGUUCAGCUGGGUAAAGAAAACACACAAAGUACUCUACCCAAAGAAGCAUUUCAGAAUAUUUCCAGUCUUAAUUAAAAGAAAAUGAUACAGGCACUGAGAUGUUAAGUGAAGUAAAUGUUGGACUAAUGAGAUGUGGACUUUGCAUAACAAAGCUGUGCUUACCACUGGAAAAAAUGUGAGGAGUGCUGUACAUGAGCCAUGAGCUUUCUUUGAAAUGACAUUUACUUUUUUUCCCUCCAAGCUUGAUUCUAUUCGUAUCUGCAAGGAAUGAUGACCGAUGGCCAGGCCCUCCUCUUGUGAAAUCACUAGGCUUGGGGCUAAUCCUUAUUUUAUUAUUAUUUUUUUAGGUCACUUAUUUUUUGAAGAGUAAGAAAUUCUGAAUUUUUGGCACGGUAUUUUUCUAAGCAAUGUAUUCAUAGCAUACCAUGACGCAGAAAGUCUGCUGCACAGUCUUAGUGUCUUCCAGUCAGUACUCCAUCAAAUAAUUAUACAACUAAUGUGCAUUGUUUGCCAAUAUUUCUUUAGAUUUCUCAGCUAGAAACAAACAAACAAAAACCUUGCUACAGCUAUUAAAUUAAAUUGGGACUGUAGCAUUAUUAAACAUUAUAUCCAGCCUUGAAAUGUAUUUUUGUGUAUGUGUGUGCCUGUGUCCAGCAGAACUGUAUUAGACUGUUGCAGAAGCCAUGGCGUGUACAACCAGAUAUGUAUGUCUGACAUAAGGUUUUGUUUUGGCCAAACAGUACCGCCAGUGCUUAGUGGACAGUUCCAUCAAAUGUGUUAGCAACGUGAGCAAGUUUGACACUGUUACUGUUGAAUGUUUCUUAACUAUUUAUAAUGAACUCCUGAGGCUAAGACUUUUACAAUGCCACAAUACUGAGCAUGAGAUAAGAGUACAAACCUAAACAUCCAUGAGCUCCAAGUAGCUCCAGAACUUGAAUUCUUUGUAUGCAUCUUACUGUAGCAAUUACCAUAUCUGCUUUCAAUCAUUGACUGGGAUGUGUUUGAAGCAGUUUGGGUUCUAUUGGUUACAUAGGAGAGAUUUCACUGUAAGCCAGCACUCAGUAGUUUCUUGUUGCUGUCAUUCGCGGACACUUGUUUGGAAGGUGGGGCCGAGAUGGUGCUGGUCAUUGCACACAUACCCAUCCACAGAGCUGAGAAGAGGCUUUGCUGUUCAUGACUCAAAAUGUACAGCUCUCCUAAGGGUGAGGCAGAGCAGUGGUGGAGUAACCUGGUCUUACAGUGGGGGACCAAAAGCAGGAGAACACAGUAACCUGUUUCUAAACUAGUUGAACCCUAAUCUAUGCUAGUGAUCUAUAGCUGUAAGGAGAUUUAUUAUAAAAUUUCAUCAGUGAGCGUCUUACAGUAGCUGAAUGACUCCCAAUGACUUUUCUGGCAACUGUACCAGUUUAGCAGGCUGAGCCAGGUUCUGCUUCCAGUGACACCAGUGUAAAUUGGGAGAAACCCCAUUUAAAUAAAAUUACUCUGGAUUUAUACAGCAGUAUGACUGAAAGCAGAUUCUGGCUCUAAGAAUUUGGCUGUACUAGUUUCUUCCACUUAUUCAGCUAGAUCAAAAGAGGCAGACACUGGUCACAAAAGCCCCAUUGAUUUUCAGUGGGAGUUAGGUACCUAAUUCCCUUAGGGCUAUGGAAAAUCCCAAGAUAAAGUUAUAGGACUGGUGCAGAGCCUGCCUGGCUGACUACUGUUGCACUAGACAUGUCUAAUGGCAGCAGUUCUAAAGGAACGAUUGGUGCUCAAGAUCACUGUAGGCAUUACAAGCUAAGGUCAUUUCUAAGCUUCCAUUUCAGGUGGUUCCCUGUGUUGGAGAGUUAUACGGUUAUUGUUUAUUUGGCAGGAUUACAGCUGCAAUUCUCAGAGUUGCGAGCAAGUGAGUUAAAUCUUGCAGUUAUUUUAAUUUUUUUUGGUAGCGCAAACAUUUCCAUUUGCAAAAAAAAAAAAAA